AUGCCAUCAUUACCCAGCACUGGAAUCGAAAUGACAGCCUCAACUGGCAGUCACAUGGGAAAUGACACAAAGCAUCGGGAAAAUGCGCCACAUAAUAUAGCAUCUUUUCACUUUCAGAGUAGUGGGAGUGUUCCUCCAGCAACAAACUCAGGACUUUUACAGCUUCCACAUGAAUCGGCUACCGCGCCUAUUGAUAUUACUCUUGAUAGCUCUGCGAAUCAAGUUGACCUUGGUACAGUUCAAGUGGAAAAAUAUUACCCCUCCAUUUCCCCAGCUGCUGAUGUUUGUUUGAGGUAUCAAUGUCAUGAGUAUUCCUUGAUUUGUUUUCUUGAUGCACAGGAAUUGGGACGAAGAGAAGAGGCUACUGCAAGAGUUGGCAUUGUUAUUGAGGAGAAAAAUUGGCCUCCAUUCUUCCCAAUUAUACAUCAUGACAUUGCAAAUGAAAUACGAAUUCAUUUGCAAAAGCUGCAAUAUGCUGCAUUUACUGCCUUUUUGGGACUUUUUGUGUGCCUUUUAUGGAACACCAUAGCUCUCACUAUAGCAUGGAUUAGAGAAGGAGAUGUCAAGAUCUGGUUCCUUUCUAUUAUCUACUUCAUAUCGGGUGUUCCAGGAGCCUAUAUAUUGUGGUAUCGUCCUCUUUGUCGUGCUUUUAGAACUGAGGGUGUCGUGCAGUUUGCGGGAUUUUUCUUGUUUUACAAACUUCAUAUUAUAUUCUGCGUCUUUGCUGCUGUUUCUCCUCGAGUAGUUUUCGAUGGAAAAUCACUUACAGGCAUUCUACCUACAUUAGAUCUCAUGAGUGAUGACGUACUUGUUGGGAUUUUCUAUUUCGUCGGUUUUGGGCUGUUUUGUCUUGAAUCUGUGCUGAGCAUCUUGGUUAUAGGUAUGGCCUUUCUUAUUUGAUUUCUAUACAGUUUAUUCUAUUAGUCAAAGUCUCGUGGUACAGAGGCGGACCCAGGAUUCGGCGGAGCACCAUGAUAUUCAAUAUAAAUUAAUUACUGCUUCUAAAGAUUGGUACGGAGUCUAUGCUAAUAUCUAAUUAUUUCUUGAAGACAUUUACAAGUAUAUAUGGAAUUUUUGUCGAAGUUUUCGGGUGCUGGUGACCCCUCUACGUAUAGUAAGUGCAUCCGCCUUGGGUUCAGAUACCGGAUCCGGAUGUGUAAAGCAAAAGAAAAUUGUAUUAUGUGCGAGACCUAACAUCACUGUUUCUUUGUGAUCUCAUUAUGCAGUAAAUAUAUAUGUAUUUCUGUGGAAGUCGUAAAGCCGUAGAGAUGAAGCGCGAAGAUGCUAGAGGGGCCUUGAGAGGAGCAAUAUGGCUGGUGAAGUGUGGUAUAUAUAGAAUUUGGUCACUUGUGUCAGGCAAAUAUGCUUGUUUCAUAUGUGUGAGUUAUUGGACGGGAGCCUUAGAGCAAGCAAUGAUGAAGUUGUCUCUUUGUAACCUAUAGGUUACGAGUUCGAGCUGUAUAAGCAGCUACUAAUACUUGCAUUAGGGUAGGUUGUCCACAUUAUACCCUUGAAGCGUAACCCUUUCUUAGACCACGUGAAUACUAAAUACUUUGUG